AUGGAUAAGGAUAUACUACUACAAGAACCAUUCACGAAAAUCACAAGUAAAUCAAAAGGUGAUUCAACUAUUCGUUAUGUCACAUUUAAUGUAAAUGGAAUUAAAACAAUCUUUAAUUAUCAUCCAUGGAAUAAGUUUAAACAAGAUUAUAACGCGUUAUUUAACCUGUUACAUGCUGAUAUUAUCACUUUGCAAGAAUUGAAAUUAUCUGAAUCAACUAUUCAACAAGCUAAGAAUAUAGCUCAUUUGGCAGAUUAUAAAUCAUUUAUUAGUUUACCUGCGACUAAGAAAGGAUAUAGUGGUGUGGGAUUAUUUAUUCGUAACCCAUCAGAUGGAAAGAAUGCUAAACAUUUAACUGUUGUUAAAGCAGAAGAAGGAAUUACUGGUUGGUUAUGCUCACGAAAUGGAAGUAACGUUCCAUAUCGUGAGUUGAAUGAUAAUAUUGGUGGAUACACAGAUUUUGAUAAACAACUGGGUCAAUUUUUAGAUAGUGAAGGUAGAUGUGUUGUUGUUGAACUUGCAGAUAAUACAGUUGUAUUUGGUGUAUAUUGUCCUGCAAAUUCUCAAAGAACAUAUGAAGGUGAAUUAUUCAGAUUAACAUUUAUGAAACUUUUACUUGAAAGAUGUCGAAAUUUGAAAAAUAUGGGGAAGAAAGUAGUUGUUAUGGGAGAUAUUAACAUUAAUCUUGAUCUUAUCGACAACGCAGAAGGUAUUGAAUUGGGAGUUAAAGAUAAUUCAAUAAGAAGAGCACUGCUGGGACAUACAUUUGAAUGUAUGAAUUACGCAGAAUGUGUCAAGUUUAAAAGUUCUCUGGAUGCAAGGAUUUUGUUAAAUAAAUAUGUUUAUCGAUCCAUGUGGCAGGAUUUGAGUAUUGAUGGGAAAGAAGAAAAUAAAGAUGAUGAACAAAAACAAUUCUUGUAUGACACCACAAGGUUUAUUCAAGGUAGAAGAAUGAAAAUGUAUACAGUUUGGAAUACUUUGACAAAUUCACGUGAAAUUAACUAUGGAUCAAGAAUUGAUUUGAUAUUGUUUAGUGAUGAAUCAAUGGUGAAAAAUAUUUCCCAAGCAGAUAUAUGGCCAUGUAUCUUGGGAUCCGAUCACUGCCCUGUAUUUACUGAUUAUGAUAUUGAUGAAUGUCAAGAGGAUGACGAUAUCACAGAAGUUCCUACGAAGUUACACCUUGAAGCUAGAUAUCAUUUCAAAUUAGAAAAAACAAGAGAUAUCACCAGUUUAUUUGGGUCUAAAAACCCGAAAAAGAGUGCAAGUCCUGAUUCAAGUAGCACCUCAUCAGUGACAAGCUCUCAAUCUUCAACUCCAAAGCCCGCCAACUCUCAGGAAAGUUCUCUGAAACCAAAAUAUGUAUAUAAAAGUCGGAAAGUGGAGAAACCAGAGGCAAAGAAGAACAAGAAGACACAGAUCAAGUCUAUUAGCAAUUAUUUUAAAUAG